AUGAAAGAAUUGGCUUACAUUUGCCAAGAAAUUAAAAAUCCGUUAAAUGGCAUACGGUUUACUAAUUCACUUUUGGAAGCUACAGAGUUAACAGAAGAUCAAAAGCAGUUUCUUGAGACAAGUGCUGCUUGUGAGAAGCAAAUGUUGAAGAUUAUAAAGGACAUCGAUCUGGAAAGCAUAGACGAUGGUUCAUUGGAACUUGAGAAAGCUGAGUUCUUACUUGGGAGUGUCAUAGAUGCUGUCGUUAGCCAAGUAAUGUCAUUGCUGAGGGAAAGAGGUCUACAAUUGAUCAGGGAUAUUCCAGAGGAAAUCAAAACACUGGCUGUUUAUGGUGAUCAAGUAAGGGUUCAACAAGUAUUGGCAGAUUUCUUAUUAAAUAUGGUGCAUUAUGCACCAACCCCUGAAGGUUGGGUAGAAAUUCACGUUCGACCAAGUUUGAAGCAAAUUUCUGAUGGAAUCACCAGUGUGCAUAUUGAAUUUAGAUGGAAAGAAAGAGCUUUGCCUUCUAGAUACAAGGCUAUGGCAAGCAACCCUAAGGACUUGAUUCAGCGUCAUAUCAUGGCAACAUCAGAAUAUCCGAAAGGGAGAACAUUAAAAGCAAGUUUUUAG